CAGGGCAAGCAGCCUCAACAAAUGCAAUGCUCUAUGAAAGUGCUAAAGUACUUUAAUUAAACCUGUAAUACAAAAUUUACAAAAAUACAAAAGAAUGUUUUAUCUGUACCUGGAGUCUUCAUAUCCAUAAGAUGGGUAUUCUUGCCAUACUUGCUCUACCAUUGCUUCUCUUAGGAGUCAGUGGAAUUAUCUAUAUUUACCAGUCAGUCAGGUGGCUGUUGUCCAAGUCAGCUGUGCAAAACAAGGUGGUGGUGAUAACGGAUGCCAUCUCUGGACUGGGAAAAGAAUGUUCUCGGGUGUUUCACACAGGAGGAGCAAGGCUUGUGUUGUGUGGCAGGACAUGGGAAAAGUUAGAAGCCUUGUAUGAUGCUUUAAUUAGCGUGGCAGACCCCAGUAUGACAUAUGCACCAAAGCUCAUACUUCUGGAUAUCUCAGACAUAAACUGCAUUCAAGAUGUAGCUAAGGAAAUUCUGAAUUGCUAUGGCUGUGUGGAUAUACUGAUUAACAAUGCAAGUAUGAAGGUGAAAGGAGCAGUGCAGAGCAUUUCAUUGGAACUUGAUAAAAAGAUAAUGGAUGCCAACUAUUUUGGACCUAUAACAUUAACAAAAGCCAUUCUUCCCAACAUGAUUUCAAGAAGAACUGGCCAAAUUGUUCUAAUUAACAGUAUCCAAGGGAAAAUAGGAAUCCCAUUUCGUGCAGCUUAUGCUGCUUCUAAGCAUGCUGCUCUAGGCUUUUUUGAUUGCCUUAGAGCUGAAAUGGAAGAAUUUGGUAUUUCUGUCAACACUGUGAAUCCGACCUUCAUCUGUUCAUACCAUCGCCAACCAGCACCUGGCAACUGGGAGGCAUCUAUUUGGAAAUUCUUCUUCAGAAAGGUGGCAUAUGGUGUGCAUCCAGUGGAGGUGGCAGAGGAAGUCUUGUGCACAGUGAGCAGUAAGAAGCAGGAGGUGCUUAUGGCCAACCCUAUCCCCAGAGCAGCCAUUUACAUUCGCACCUUCUUCCCUGAGCUGUUUUUUGCCAUUGUUGCCUCCGGAAUUAGGGAAAAGGUGAAGACAGAAGAGGAAAAUUGAUUUUGUUCAGUUCUUUUCCCUACUUUUGACCUGAAAAGAAAGAUUAUGUUUCAAAUGUCAAUUACUUCUGCUUCUCACUAUGGGUAGAAUAAAGCAGGAGACUUUAUUAAACAUGAACCAGCCGAUGUCUCAGUGAUUCACUGCCAUUGACACACAUUCAUCUGUGGGAUUUCUAGUCUUGUAGAUUUAGUGAAUAUGACAAGAUAUCAUUGUCUGCACUUCAGCAGUAAGGGGAAAACUCUACUAGGAACUCUAUGACUGCUUUAAGAGAGUGAUUCUAAAUAAGUAGAAAAAAGAUUGGGGACCUGCAGCAACUUAUAGAAUAGUCUGUCAGUGCUAAGACUGAUGGGAACUUAUGGGAACAAAGGGAUGGGAAAGGAGUGAGAUGUGGGAGACAGAAGAGUAAAAAUGUGUGGAAAGUGGGGUUAGAGCCUGGAUCAUAGUGUUCCUCAGAUGUGCUUUUUGGAAGUACGUACAGGACAUGGAAACGAUGAGCCCAAAUAAGGACUUAUUAAGUUCAAUAUCUCAUCCAUGACAGGAGCCUGGAGUACAUGCUUGAAAGACAGAUAAUAAGAAUGGGGCAAUAAUAUGUAUUAUACUCUCCCAGGUUCUGCUAAUCUGUUACACAGUUUGAAACAGAAUUUGUCUCUGCAUCUUGUUAAGCUAUCAAUUUUUCAGACAAAUUUUUCAAAUUCCUAUUUGAAAGAUUCCAUCCCUGAGGAAAGGAACUAAUUAUAUAUUAAAAAAAUACUUCCUUAUGUUUACUUUGAACCUGGUGUCAAAUAACAUUCUCUGAUAUCUCCUACUUAUUUUACUGUGAGAGACAAAAAGUAAUGGUACUCAAUUCAUUCACUCCCAGUCAUGCAUGUCCAUCAUACUUUCCAUGCUGUUACCUGUUUUCCAAGUUGGAAGAACCCUGUUAUCUAUUUACUCUCCCUUUGUGAGAAGCCUGGAUUAUUCUUCAUGUUCUUUUU